GUAAACGCUCGACGACUUUAACGGUUUAAUUUGAUGUACUUUUUUUGCGCUACGAAUUGAACAAACUCUGAUAUGGGAAAAGAGAAGAUACACAUCAACCUUGUUAUCAUAGGUCAUGUUGACAGUGGAAAGUCAACCACCACUGGCCACCUUGUUUAUAAAUGUGGUGGUGUUGACCCAAGAACUCUGGAGAAGUAUGAGAAGGCUGCAGCCCAGAUGGGGAAGGGUUCCUUCAAGUUUGCAUGGGUUCUUGACAAGCUUAAGGCAGAACGCGAGCGUGGCAUCACCAUUGACAUUUCCUUGUUGAAGUUCAACACUCAGAAGUAUGUGUUCACAAUAAUUGAUGCACCUGGUCACCGUGACUUCAUUAAAAAUAUGAUCACAGGAACGUCACAGGCUGAUGCUGCUCUGCUGGUUGUGUCUGCAGCAAAGGGCGAGUUUGAGGCUGGAAUAUCCCGCAAUGGUCAGACAAGGGAGCAUGUCUUGCUGGCCUACACCCUAGGAGUCAAACAGCUGGUUGUAUGCAUCAACAAAAUGGACCUCACUGAGCCGCCUUUCAGCCAGAAACGUUAUGAGGAGGUGGUGAAAAAUGUAACCGUUUUUAUCAAGAAGAUUGGUUAUGACCCAGCUGCAGUGCCCUUUGUUCCUCUAUCUGGUUGGUGUGGUGACAACAUGCUUGCACCUUCACAGAAGAUGUCUUGGUUUAAGGGAUGGAAGAUCAAGAGAAAAGAUGGCUUUUCAACUGGCAAGACCCUAUUGGAAGUGCUGGACUCCUUGUAUCCACCAGUGCGCACUGCCACCAAACCUCUUCGUCUACCACUUCAGGAUGUAUAUAAAAUUGGAGGAGUUGGUACAGUUCCUGUGGGUAAAAUUGAAACUGGGAUUCUGAAGCCUGGGAUGGUUUUGACCUUUUCGCCAGCUAAGCUGACUGCAGAGGUUAAAUCCAUUGAGAUGCAUCACCAGGGGCUGCAGACAGCUCUUCCUGGCCAUAAUGUGGGCUUCAACAUCAAGAAUGUCGCAGUCAAGAACUUGAGACGUGGAGAUGUGGCUGGUAAUGCCCAGCAAGACCCACCAUCUGACGUCAGCAGCUUUAUUGCUCAGGUUAUUAUUCUUAAUCACCCUGGCAAAAUCAAAAGUGGUUACUCUCCUGUGCUGGACUGCCAUACCACCCAUGUCACAUGUAGCUUUGCAGAGCUGCAGGAGAAACUUGAUCGUCGUACAGGGAAGAAACUGGAAGACCUGCCUCCUUUCUUGGUCUCUGGAGAUGCUGCCACGGUCAAAUUUGUUCCCAUCAAACCCCUCUGUGUAGAGAGCUUCUUCAGUUAUCCACCUUUAGGGCGGUUUGCUGCAAGGGACCUGAAGCAGACUGUUGCAGUUGGGGUGAUCAAAUCUGUGGAGAAAGUGGACCAAGCAAGAAGGACUGCACAAAAAGUUCAAGUAUUAAAAUGAGUUGAUCAU